UCUAGCUGUUCUCAGCGUUUUCAACCGUCGCCUUUGCUCGUCUCUUCUCUAUCUCUCUUUCUCUUUCUCCAUCUCUCUCUGCCACUGUCGACAGCAGCGUCCCACUCGACACCCAUACUCGUUUUCUUUCUCGCUGUCUCAUUUCACUGCUUUGUCUUUGGGCUGUGUCAUUGUGCUAUACCGUAGAGAUCCGACAGCUUACGACCGCUACUCUUUCUGUCUAUACCUCUUUGUACCCACCACACCCACCUUACUCGACACCACUCCCCUCCCCUCCACCAAAAAAUCCGCGCUCGUGGUCCACCUCGCGUGUCGAAAUCUGCACCCGAUCUGCACCGCACGUCACUUCGCUUCACCCACCAAAUUCCCAACUCCCCUCUCUUCAUACGUGUCUGCCUCUUCGCAUACACCCCUUUCCCCUCCCGUUCUCUCCCGUCCACUCCGACGGUGAACACACCACCCCCUUCACUUUUCACGACAUUCUACGUUGCGCGAGCAGGUCUCCCCAACUGCCCCCCACUCUAUCACGUCGACACCUAGGGCCCUCACUCUAGCCUCUCUUUUCUAGUCUCCUGUUCGACCACCUCGCUCAGCGCCAACUACCGAAACUCCACUUUUUCACGAACACCCAUCAUGCCCGCCGCCCCCACCGUCAAAAUUGCACGCACCAACUCGGUCUACGACCGUAGCUCCCGGGCGUCCGCGUCUCCCAAGUCGAGCCGGCGGUCAGCGACUCAGCCCAAGGUCAAGGCUCAGCCUGCGCCCCAGUUGCGUGCCGCUGCCCAGGCUAGGAAAGCGCAGGAGUCUUUGUACUUCGAGGAGGACUACAGUGAUGAGAUUGUCGAGUACAUGACCAGCAUGGACAACUGCACACUCGCCUCUGCCGACCUUAUGGACAUGCAGCCCGAACUCCAAUGGUUCAUGCGCUCCUACCUCAUCGACUUUAUCAUCGAGGUCCACCAGCAGUUUCGUCUCCGCCCUGAGGUCCUCUACCUCGCCAUGAACGUCGUCGACCGGUACAUCUCCAAGCGUGUGGUCUACAAGAAGCACUACCAACUCGUUGGCUGUGCCGCGCUCUGGAUCGCCGCCAAAUUCGAAGACGCCAAGGACAAGGUCCCUCUUGUUCACGAGCUGUCAGAGAUGUGCUGCAAGGCCUAUGAUGAGAGCGCCUUCAUCCAGAUGGAAGGGCACGUCCUCUCUACCAUAGGUUGGGUUCUUGGGCACCCUUCUGCCGAGGCAUGGUUGCGUGUCUACUCUACAGGGAUUAGGUACGAGGAUCAGAAGGUGGCCAACAUGGCGAGGUUCCUCAUGGAGAUCACUCUGUUCCAUCGAGAGUUUAUCGGUAUUCAGUCUUCGACUGUUGCUGGCGGUGCUUUGAUGCUGGCAAGGUUCAUCUGCGGCAAGACCUACAAGCCAUGCUACCCUGGUGUCAAUGAGAAUCUUGCUGCUCGAGUCGCCACUGCUAUCGACAAGCACUUUACGCAAGACCUUGAAAAGGUGUCGGAGAUUGUCAUUCGCAAAUACUCCCCCACCUAUUACGACCGGGUCUCCACCGUUUGCCGCGAGUGGUAUCUCUCCGGGAGACGGUAUACCUACAACCCCGUCGUGCCCAGCACUCCCGUCUCUGGCAUGUCCACCCCCGGCCUUGCCCCCUCGAGCUCUUCCUGGCAACGCGGGUCAUGGGCCGCUUCCCCUGCCGGCUCUUGCGCUUCGUCUGAGGCCGGCGAUGAGACACCCGUCACCCCCAUUACCCCUAUCCACUCUCACGUCGUGGACCCCUUCUCUGUCGCUGUCAAGGAGAACAUUGCUCCUGAUACAGGCAAGUUGGUGUCUGCCAAGGCGCGGGCGGUGAUUGAGGUGGCGGGCCUCACAGGAAAGCAGCAGCCUGCCAUCGUCUACCCCCAACGGCCAGCUCUUCAUGCUCUUCCGGCUGUGGGCGAGCAUGGCAUCAACCGGGCUAUGAGACGGUUAAGCAACUAGGCUUUCCCGUGCUCUACGACCCCCCUGCAUCGUUUUCCCUUCUCGCAUUAUUUCCAUUACGACACCCAACAUCAUACUGCAUUCUGCCAUCAUCAUAGAGACUUAAGCUUUCGGCUUUGAGGAGAGUUCCUUUCCUUCCUUAUUCCUGCUGCCCCACGAGCGAGAAACGAUUACGAUGUAGUUUGGGAUACGAUUCACGAACUUGGUUCACAAUUUAUUCCGUGACUUCUCUUUUGGUUUCUUGCCUUCUUCCAUAGAUAUACUCUCUUCUCCUCUGGCCCUCUUUUUGAGUCCCACAACAUAUUCAUACAUUCAUACCCAUCAUUUAUAGGUCACUUACUAGGUUUUCUUUUGCCUCCCAUUAUCUAGUACUUUGUUAUUCCAAUUAGUGUUGAUCACUUUAACGAUCAGUGAUAUGAGACGAUUAUAUGCAUUACGUCCAGACAGC